AUGACUUCUGAAUUCGAAAUGAGCAUGGUGGGAGAACUGAGUUACUUUCUUGGACUACAAGUCAAGCAGUUAGACGAUGGAAUCACAGUCUCACAAAGCACAUAUGCAAAGAAUCUCAUCAAAAGAUUCGGUAUGCAGACGAGCAAGACAACCAAUACUCCGAUGAGCACAACUACAAAGCUGUCGCGAGAUGAGGAUGGGAAACCUGUUGAUGAGAAACUGUAUAGAGCCAUGAUAGGGAGCUUGCUGUAUCUUACCGCGAGUCGACCUGACUUGUGUCUAAGUGUCGGCAUUUGUGCUCGAUACCAGGCUAAUCCAAAAGAGUCACAUAUGAAUGCAGUAAAACGGGUUAUCAAAUAUGUGAAAGGUACAUUGGAUUUUGGUCUUCAUUACACCUUUGAAACUAACGUGAAUCUUGCAGGAUUUUGUGAUGCUGACUGGGCAGGUUGUCUGGAUGAUCGUCAUAGUACUGCUGGCGGAUGUUUUUUUCUUGGGAACAACUUGGUGGCAUGGCACAGCAAGAAACAAACUGCUGUGUCUCUCUCUCAACUGCUGAAGCUGAGUAUAUUGCUCUAG